AGCGCCCCCCCCUACUUCCUCGUGCUUCCCCGUUGUUCGCUUCGCCCCUUUCCUUCGAGUUCUUCCUUCUUCCGUCCAAGCCCUAGCAGGAAAGCUGGGUGGGGGAGCGAAAAUCAAAACCCCCAAAAUUUUCCGUCGGCUCCGAGGAUCAAACCCUAGAGAAGGCGGAGCAAUAUGCCUGACUACGACAGGAGGUACGAGGGGAACGGCGACGGGUACAACGAUUACUCUUCUCCCCAUCGAGGAGGAGGGGGAGGUGGAGGAUAUGAGGAUUAUGGCGAUCACAAAACCCAGUCUGCCUCUCGUGAAUAUGACCGAGAUUCUGUGAAAGGUAGAGAUAGGGAGCGGGAGAGAGAUAGGGACAACAAGGACAGGGAUAGGGACAGAGACAGGGACAGAGAUCGCGAUAGACACCACCGCGAUCGCCACAAGGAUCGCAAUGAGAGGAGGGAGAGGGACCGUGAUAGGGGAGAUGACUACGAUUUUCAGAGAAGCCGCGACUCUGACAGGCAUAGGGAUUAUGAUCGUGAAAAAGAAGGAAGACACAGGCAUAGGUCUAAGUCUCCUUCUAGGAGUAAAUCUGAGCAUAGAUCAAGGUCCAGAUCUCGUUCACGUUCAAAGAGCAAACGCAUUAGUGGGUUUGAUAUGGGUCCUCCAGCAGCAACAAUAAUUCCUGGAGCAGCCAUGCCAGGGCAAGUAGCUGGAGCGACGCAACCUGUCCCAGGGAUGUUUCCGAACAUGUUCCCUGUGGGAACUGGACAGUUUGGAGCCCUCCCAAUAAUGCCAGUCCAAGCAAUGACACAGCAGGCUACUCGACAUGCUAGACGGGUGUACGUUGGAGGGCUUUCUCCUACAGCCAAUGAGCAGUCUGUAGCUACCUUUUUUAGCCAAGUUAUGGCUGCUAUUGGAGGGAAUACUGCUGGACCAGGUGAUGCAGUUGUCAAUGUGUACAUAAACCAUGAAAAGAAAUUUGCCUUUGUGGAAAUGAGAUCUGUUGAGGAAGCCAGUAAUGCUAUGGCAUUAGAUGGCAUAAUUUUUGAGGGAGCACCUGUCAAAGUAAGGAGGCCAAGUGAUUAUAAUCCUUCUUUGGCUGCAGCACUUGGUCCAAGCCAACCUAAUCCAAAUUUAAAUUUGGCUGCUGUUGGGCUGACACCUGGUUCUGCUGGUGGGCUAGAGGGCCCUGAUCGAAUUUUUGUUGGUGGGCUUCCCUAUUACUUUACAGAAGCACAAAUAAGGGAGUUGCUUGAGUCUUUUGGGCCUCUCCGUGGGUUUGACCUUGUCAAGGAUCGUGAAACUGGAAAUUCAAAAGGCUAUGCUUUCUGUGUAUAUCAGGAUCUAAAUGUUACUGAUAUAGCAUGUGCUGCUCUUAACGGCAUUAAGAUGGGAGAUAAAACUCUCACGGUUAGGCGUGCAAAUCAGGGAACCACUCAACCUAGGCCUGAGCAAGAGAGUGUGUUGUUACAGGCACAACAGCAAGUCGCGUUGCAGAGGCUUGUAUUUCAAGGAGGUGCUCUUCCUACUAAGGUGAUAUGCUUGACGCAAGUUUUAACUGUGGAUGAGUUGAAGGACGACGAGGAAUAUGAAGACAUAUUGGAGGAUAUGAGAGGGGAAGGAGGGAAAUAUGGGAACUUGGUAAAUGUUGUGAUCCCGCGGCCUGGGCCGGGUGGAGAGCAAGGGCCAGGGGUGGGAAAGGUGUUCUUGGAGUAUGCGGAUACAGAUGCUGCUUCUCGAGCUCGAGCAAGCUUGAAUGGGAGGAAAUUUGGCGGUAACGUAGUAGUUGCAGUGUUCUACCCGGAGAACAAGUUCUCCAUCGGGGAAUACGAUGGGUAGGAAGCUGGCCUUUUUUUUUGUUCUCUGAAGAUCGGAGGCGUGAACUUUUACCGAAUUAGUGCGAGUCAAAAUGUAAUAUCUAAGCAACUUUUGCCACUCUUUCUUUCGAGCACUUUCUUUCGUUGCAUUGUUAAAAAAUUGAUCUGAUUUACCUUUUUAAUAUAUUUGGUUUUCAUCACAA